UUGGCGGAGGAGCAGGGGUGUGAAGGGGAGCUGGCGACAUGGGGGAGGGAGGUGGCAGCAGGGGUACAGGAGAGGGUCAUAGUGGAACCCAGUGCUGAGGCUGGAGCUCAAGGGACCCUUGACCUUUCACCAUCACCCUCGCCCCCCUCCCUGGCCAACGGGGUUCACAGGAGGCCUGGCCUUGGAACACGCCGACGCUGGCAGACAGAGACACACACCGAUGCUUUAACGCACACACCAGGACAGACAGGAGUCAUAGGCAUGCAGAUUUACACGGAUCUCCAAAUGCACACACCUGCGGACACUCACACACACCUAGCCGCUAACACACACAUGGAUGCUCACACACACUCGGACUCUGCCGGUCCAGAGCAACCCAGAACUGUUUCAUCACCAGAGACUCACACCAGAUCACCUCAGCGACAGGUCCUCUUGCCUGUCACUCAUUCAGCCUGCACCAAUCAGCAAGUUGCUUCCUCUCCCUGCAGCCCGCUUCCUCCACCCUCUGCAAACAGAGACAGGCCCCCGGCAAUUAGCCCUGCCCAUAUUGGACCAACACCUCUAGAUCUCUCUAAACCCUCAAGAGCUAUUGGCCCAAAUCCUACAGGCCCUUCUCUUAUUGGUCCAUCCGGUUCAAACCCUUCUACUAUUGGCCCAGACCCUGUAGAUCCCUCCCCUGUUUCUGUCGAAGGAGAGAGGAAGUAUGCGCUCCGUAGCUCCGGUCGACCUCGCUUUCCCUGCCAACUACGAAAGUCCUCUCGCAUCCGCCGAUCCACCGAGGAUGGAGAGAGGAGGGGAGGGAGGGAGAGCGAGAGGGAAGAGGAAAUGGCAGAGGUGGAAGAAGAGGAGGAGAAAGAGAGGGUGAGUGUACAUGUAAAGGUAGAGCGCCCCACAGUGGAGGAGGGUUUACCUGCAACCUCGAAGUCUGCUGACUCAGCUGUACCUGUAGCACCACGCCCUUCACCACACCCUUCAACACGCCCUACACCACACCCCACCUCUCACUAUGCCCCCCGGCCAGCGCCCAAACCCAGAACUUCAACCAAACCCCAACCUAGACCUUCAACCAACGCCAAACCAAAAGCCCAACCCAGACCAUCGAUUAAAGCCUCGCCCAAAUCCUCGCCCAGACCAGCGAACAAUCCCAGACCAGCGACCAAUCCCAGACCAGCGACCAAUCCCAGACCAGCAACCAAUCCCAGACCAGCACCCAAUCCCAGACCGGCGACCAAUCCCAGACCGGCGACCAAUCCCAGACCAGCAACCAAUCUUUCGCCUUGUCCAUCGAUCAAUACCGUGCCCCAGCCGACAGUGAAGAAGGAGGUGCCUGAUGAUCUAGUUCCUCCCACUAAACAGAAACGGCGGUUCGUUGGUGUGAGGCGUAUCGUGGUGAAGGUGGCUCGUAUCCCGGUCAACCUCAGCCGACGCCAAAAGAGCUACAAGAUUUCCUCCAUGGAGACCAUUGUCGGACCGGAGAGGGGCGGGGCCAGUGGAGAGGGGGGGUUGGAGGGAGCAGAGGGGGUUACAUCAGUGGUCCGAGAGCCAACUGCGCUCCUUCGCAUGAAGAACAAUGGGAAGAAUGUGAUGGUCAUGUUCCCGCCUGGAGAACUCCCGGUGAUCCUGAAACGCAGACGUGGCCGACCUCCCAAACAGGUUGUACCGGGAAUGCCGGAUAAAACAGGUGGGAAUUUCGCCGUUGCCAGUGGGAACGGCGAGCCCAAGAAACCUCGUAGGCGCCGGCGGGCCAAGCUUCCAUCUCCGCAACCGUCGUACGUGAACGACACCAACGACGUGAAGACAGAGUACGGAGACGUUCUGUCCAAACUGGCGUUCCUAAACCACCAAACGCCUGCCACCGGCCGCUGCUCCCCACCACGCUGCUGGACACCCAGCGAACCGGAUAGCUUUCACGCGCCGUCCAACAACCCUGGGAUCUCCGCCCUGCUCCACCGACUCACAGGGUUCAGACGCAGGGGAGGGAGGGGUGGAGGCGUAGGGGGCAGGGGAGGAGGAGCAGGAGGGGCUGGGUGUGAGAGCUUCAAGAGCUCCUUCAGUGACUUCUUCGAGACGAUCGGGAAGAAAAGGAAAGUGACCCCUGCUCUGUCAGAACCAGGGUUACCCAAGAAACGAGGGAAGGGUGGGGGAGGCAGGGGAGGAGGGGUUGCAGGGGGGGAGAUGGGGGCUGGAGGUGAGGGGUGGAAGCCGAUGAGAAAACGACGCUCGUGCAAGAAUGGGGUUCUGAAAGGGGAGGCAGGAGGUCAGCUGGAGCAAGACUGGUCUAAUGGUGGAGGUGUCUGGGAGGAUGACCGGGUAGGGGAGAGGGAGAGAGGGCCGGGGGCGUACCAGGCCUGUGGCUCCCUGAGGGGGGACUUCGUGCCCUGUGAGGGGGGAAGAGCAGGUGCAUACGGCAGCCCUGGGGGCAGCAGAGAAGGUGGAGGUGGUGAUGAAGUGCAGGGUUUGUUCGCUGGAUAUUUUCGCUCCCUGCUCGACUCAGACGACUCCUCCGACCUCCUGGAUAUCUCCUCCUCUCGGCCUGACCCCAGGAAACCUCCUCCCACCCCGGGCUACGACUCCUCCAGCACUGCCCCCGGCCCAGGUUCUCGCUGGUCCCCAGCCUUCCCCAAGCGCAGCCCCAAAGGAGAGGCAAGGGAGAACCAAACCCAGGUCUCUUCGUCCUCCUCUUCCAGACCUCCUUACAGCUACUACCUUUCCCAGAACUCCCCCACCACUUCCUCCUUCCCCAAGUCCACCCCUCCUUCCCUCUCUCUGCCUCGCUCUCCCAGUUCCCCCCAUCCCUCCUCCUACGGUCACUACCCGUCCGGCUAUUCCUCCUCCUCUCCUGCGGGGGGCAGUGCAGCACCACAGAGACCCACAGACUGCAGCUUUGCAGCCUACGGGGCAGCAGGGCUGGAUAAGGCCUCCACAGUCCCCCCCGUGGGCCAGGGUCAGAUGGGCUAUUCCAAUUUUUCCAAGCGUGGAUAUGGGGGCUACCCUGGGCAGGUUGGACCAUCCUCUCCAGGGGGAGGGGGGUAUAUGGCCAUGGCCAAGAACAACCCCUUCCAUUCCUCAUCAUCUCCAGAGGGUUACAGACACUACCCCUCCAACCAGUGGAACUGCAAGCAGGGCUCCAGUGGCUGGGCGUGGGACAGUCUGGCUCAUCAUUACCCAGGAGGCUACAGUGACUACGUCACCCCAGGCCCCAGCGAGCCCAAAGACAUCCUGGACAUCUCUAACUACACCCCACAAAAGGCCAAGCGACAACCCUUCCUCGAGAGCCUAUCAGAGUCCUCCUCUGACUCAUCCCACCUGGGGGUCACCGGGUCAGGAGGUGGGGUCAGUACCGGAGGUGGGGGCGGAGGCUCGGGUUCAGGUUCCGGAGGUGGGGCUUACAGGCAGGGUGGAGGCAGGGAGUCUCUUCCUAUUGGUGGAGAGGGAGGUCAAGGCCAGUCCAGCCUAUCAAGUCUGGAGAAGUUAAUGAUGGACUGGCAUGAGAGCGCCUCAGGCCCCUCUUACAACUGGAGCCAGAACGUUCUCUUCCAGGGGCAGGGAAAGCCCGGACGGGGGCGCAGGAAACGGAAUGCUGCCGAACCCCAAAUGGAAAAGGAGGGGGGUGGUGGACCAGGACCGGAGCCUCCCCCAGACUCUCCCACCAGCCCCCCAGCCCAGACACAGUCCCACACCUCAACCCAGGGCUCUGGUGCCAAACGCAGUGGGAUUGGGGGGCGGCAGGGCAGGGGGGCGAGGGGAGGCAGGGGACGGCUGUGCCCGUCCCCAAGAGAACGCCCCCCAGGGGGGAAGAAGGGUAAGGCUGCUGGGGGUGGGGAUGGAGGAGGAGGGGGUACUGCUCAGGGGUUGUUCCAGGAAGGCCUUGACUACUUCAGUGGAGACAGCAGCAGCCUCUCCCCUCCCCCCCUGCCCUACACCUUGGUUACCCCCGAGCCCUGUGAGUACCCCUCCCCAACUCCUUACUCCGCCCACCCCUCCACCCCGUCCUCAGAGGAGCGUUACCCAACCCUCUUCCCUGGCGAGGCCUCAUCCUCCUCUCUCUCCCCUGGAAUGACUUCCACAUCCUCCUCCUAUCCUCCCAAACUAUCCCCCGCCCCCCAGCCCUACCACCCCUCUCACCCCUGCUCCUCCCCCUCCUCCUUCUCCCCGUCCUGCUCCCAAUCGCCACGGUUACUGGCCCACUGUGGAACAGCGCUGAGCCCCUAUCGUAACCCGGCAACCACCUCCAAGGACCAUUUCACCUCCCAGUAUGAUUCUCCCAGCUGCUGUAGCUCCCCUUGUUGGUACAGCGGGGCAUCGCUCAGUGGCAGCACCAGCCCCCACACUAACACACACAACGCUACACACACACACACUAACACACACGACAACGCACACGUACACGCUAAUGUGAACCCUCAUGCUAGCCCUAACAAUCAUCCUGAUCCUAACGCUUCUGCACACCCACACACCAACACACACCCACAUACCAACACACACCCACACACCAACACACCGACACACACCAACACACACCCAAAUCCCAACCCUCACGCAAACAUGAGCCCACACACACACUCCAACCCCAACACUAACCCUCACACGCACAACAACCCCCAUAGCAACAAACACCCGCACACCAACACACACCACCUCCAUUCAAACCACAACCAACAUCUUCACCCCCACACUCACACUCAUCCUAACAUGUAUACAAAGCCCACCCUACACACUAGCCCCCACCCCAACCCUAACCUCUCCCCCCACUCCCACCCCAACCCUAACCUCUCCCCUCUCCCUCACCCCCACCCCAACCCUGACCUCUCCCCUCACCCCAACCCUAACCUCUCCCCUCUCCCUCACCCCCACCCCAACCCUAACCUCUCCCCUCACCCCAACCCUAACCUCUCCCCUCACUCCCAACCCAACCCUAACCUCUCUCCCCAUACUCACUCCCACCCCAACCCCCUGCUUUACGAGGAGCGGCCCUCUCACAGCACGAUGCCCCCCAUGGACCCCCCACCCCCCACAAACGGGACCUGCCCCCCACCUCACCUCGGGGCUAAGGUCAGCCCCCUGCAGCUUUCCCCGUACCCCUCCCCCCACCACAAGCCCCCAGGCCUCCUUGCCCCAUUCUGAGGACAUGGGCUACCCCCGUGCCCUGGGAUGCACCCUCUCUACCCCCCACAGCCCCCACCUAGAGGAGGAGGAGGAGUGCUCUGUCAGC